AUGACACGAGAUUUACCCCUGUAUCUCAUCUCGGUAGAUGAUCAAGUGUUCGAACUAGACAUCAUACGAGAGCCAGCUUCCGUCAAACCAUGGCUCAGAUAUAUAGACUACAAGCAUCAACAUGGAUCAUUGCUGGAACAGGCUUUCGUCAUGGAGCGAGCAUGCAAUCAGCUGCCACGAUCAUACAAAUUGUGGAAAAUGUACCUGGAGCUCCGGAUGAAGCAUCUGCGAAACAGGAAUCCAGCAAAACAUGGCAUCGAAUUUGUCAAAGUCAAUGCUCUGUUCGAGAAGGCGCUCAUUCUGUUGAAUAAGAUGCCGAAAAUCUGGGAAAUGUAUCUUUCAUUCUUGACCAAACAACCUCGAGUCACGGCCACUCGAAGAGCGUUCGACAGAGCUCUCCGUGCACUGCCUAUCACUCAACACAACCGAAUAUGGGCAUUGUAUAGGCCAUUCGCCAACUCAGCUUCCGGUACCACGGCUGUGAAGGUGUGGAGACGAUAUAUACAAAUACAUCCGGAAGAGAUAGAGGACCUCAUCGAAAUACUGAUAGAUCAAAGGCAAUACACUGAGGUUGUCGAAAAGUAUAUUGAAAUCCUAAACAACUCGAAGUUUCGCAGCAACAAGGGAAAGAGUAACUUCCAGCUUUGGAGCGAGAUGGCGAAUUUGAUCGUCGACCACGCAAGAGAGAUCGAUAUUCAAAUAGCUUCAGAUAUCGACGUGGAGAUGAUCCUCAGGAGCGGCAUUCGACGCUUUACUGAUCAGAGGGGCAAACUCUGGACGGGGUUGGCAACAUAUUGGAUUAGAAAGGGAGAUUUUGAAAGGGCGCGCGAUGUUUUUGAAGAAGGCAUCACUACAGCGAUGACAGUUCGUGACUUUACGAUCAUCUUUGACUCUUAUACGGAAUUCGAAGAAUCAAUCAUUAGCACUUUAAUGGACCAAGCGGCUGCAAGGUCCGACAAGGCUCAGUUGGACGAAGACGCAGAUUUCGACUUGGACAUCCGGAUGAUGCGAUUUGAACAGCUUAUGGAUCGAAGACCAUUCCUCGUCAAUGACGUACUCCUUCGACAGAACCCGAACAAUGUCAAUGAAUGGGAAAAGAGGAUUCUGCUCUGGGGCAGCAACAAACAAGAGACUGUACAGACGUAUGCUGAUGCCAUGAAAGCGGUGCAACCAAGAAAAGCGGUCGGCAGAUUUCAUGAACUUUGGCUAAACUACGCCAAAUUUUAUGAUGAAGGAGGCGAUAUACAUAAUGCACGCAUAAUCAUGGAAAAGGCUGUCAAGGUCCCGUUCAAGUCUGUCGCAGAGCUUGCCGAAGCGUGGUGUGGUUGGGCAGAAAUGGAGCUUCGAAACGAGGAUUUUGAAAGCGCGCUGAAUAUCAUGGCCAAGGCUACUCAAGCGCCCAAAAGAUCUACAGUCGACUACUUUGAUGAAACCUUGUCGCCCCAACAAAGAGUGCAUAAAAGCUGGAAAUUGUGGAGCUUUUACGUGGACCUGGUCGAGAGUGUGAGCGGUCUAAGUGAGACGAAGAAAGUAUACGAUCGGAUAUUCGAGCUACGAAUCGCGACUCCACAGACCGUAGUAAACUAUGCCAACCUUCUCGAAGAAUCCCAGUACUUUGAAGAAUCUUUCAAGAUAUACGAGAGAGGUCUUGAUCUUUUUAAAUACCCAGUCGCCUUUGAGCUCUGGAAUCUUUACCUGACCAAAGCCGUUGACCGGAAGAUUAGCAUCGAGAGGCUCCGCGACCUCUUUGAACAAGCGGUAGAAGGCUGCCCCCCAAAGUUUGCCAAAACUCUGUACCUCAUGUAUGGUAACCUCGAGGAGGAGCGGGGGCUGGCGAGGCAUGCCAUGCGUAUCUAUGAGCGGGCAACACGAGCCGUUUCCGACGAAGACAAGAUGGAGAUGUUCAACUUCUACAUUCUCCAAUCGGCCACAAAUUUUGGCCUCACGUCAACCCGCCCAAUCUAUCAGCGCGCGAUUGACGUCUUGUCAGAUCGAGGAGCUAAGGAUAUGUGCCUCAAAUUCGCCGAGAUGGAGCGAAGAUUGGGUGAGAUUGACCGUGCCAGAGCAAUCUACGGGCAUGGUUCCCAAUUUUGCGACCCGAGGACCACACCGACUUAUUGGCAGAAAUGGGAAAGCUUCGAGAUACAGCACGGCAAUGAGGAUACCUUCAAGGAAAUGCUUCGGAUCAAGCGAAGUGUACAAGCACAAUAUAACACAGACGUCAACUUCAUUGCCUCACAAGCCAUUGCAAGGAGCCAGAAGGGACAAGGGGCGGGAGGCACAACCGUGGAGGCUGAUAGUGUAGACGUGAAUGGGCAGGAAGACGGCAGAUUAGAUGCCAUGACGGCGCUGGAAAGGCAGACUAAUGCUCCGCUCGGGUUUGUAGCAGCCAGCACUGGGCCUGAGGGUGGAAAUAUGCCCCAGCCAGAAAAGGCGCCGGUUGUCAACAAUCCAGAUGCCCUGGACAUAGAGCUUGACGAUGAUGACUAG